AUGGCCAAAGGUAAGAAAGAUGACUUGAAAGCAGUUUCUGCUGAACCAUUGGAUUCAAUUAGUGAUUCAAAGGUGGAAAAGAAGGAGAGUAAGGAUAGUGGAGUUAGCGAAGCAACAAAAAAGGAAUCAAUUGAUAAGUCCAAAGACAGUGAAAAGGAAGCACCUAUUGAGGAUGUUCCACUCGCUGAUGAUAAUGAUGAAAAGAAGGAUUCCACCGAGAAGAAGGCGGAGGAUGUUGCAACCACUACUGCCAAAGAUUCAUCUGACAAGCAACCCCAAUCGACCGAAAAGGCACAACUGACAGAAACAAAGUCUGAAGAGUCGGCACCACCGGUACCUCCAAAGAGGCCAACCGACCCGGUAGAACAAAUUGUCCAAGAUUUAAAAGAUGCAUUCCCACAAACUGAAGAUAAAUUAAUCACGGCUGUGCUUAUUGCAUCACAAGGUAAUCCUGAACCGGCAUUUGGAGCAUUGCUCUAUUUAUCUGACCCUACGUUCAAACCCGAUAUUCCAGUCUACCCCCAACAUCAGCCAACGACUAAUCCUCGUGCUGCAUUUGGAAGUGGAGUUGUCAGAAGUAGAGCUCCAAGUGAUACUUCACACACAUUUACUGAUGAUGAGAUAUUGGCCCGUAAAUUGCAAAAAGAAUUUGAAUUGGAGGAUGAAAGGCAAAGACGCAGACGCGAGGAGAAAGCAAGACAAAGACAUUACCAUGGUAAAAAAGGUAGUCGUGAAGCAGGAGCAGGAAAUGCUGCUGGAUUGCGUCCAAGUCACGAACGCCGUCAACGCAAUGGCGAUGAUGAUGCAGAGUAUUACGAUGACGAUUCACCCGAUGACUUUGACACCAUAAAGGAAACAUUCUCCCAAGGCUUGGAAGAAGCAAGGACUACAAUCAAUGGAUGGGUUUCUGGUCUUGCCAAGAAAUUUGACAAUACUGGAGGAAGCGUCAGUAAAGAUUCCGAUUAUGACCGUGCCGACAACGAUGAUUACGAAAGACGUUCGCAACGUCCACCCCCACGCCAACAAUUUGGUAGCAAGUCUCAUCGUGAUGGAGGAAACAAUUUUGGUAAUUUGGGCGGUGGUCGAUACUAUGAUGAUUGGAAAAACAAGAAAAACCGUACUCGAUUUGAUGAAGAUCCCGAGAUAAUUACUGGUGAUUUCAAGGAUCAAAUUACCAUUAACGAUAAAGAUAGUUUGAAACUGAAUGAAGAUAAGAGGAGCAAAGGUGGUGCUGAGACAAAGAAAGGAGGUGAUGCAAAGGGUGAGGAGGAAGAAGAUGAUCCAGAAACCACCCCAAACUUGCCUCGUCGUCCAAGAAUGUCAAGCGAUGUACAAGAUGAUUCGAGAAAGGGGCAUAGUACCGGGGAAACUAGAACUGGUGGCAAUAAAACUGUGGGUGCUGGUGCAUCUUCACAAGCUACUAAUAAUGCUUUUCUGGUUGAUGACAGUGAUGAUGAUGACGAGAAUAGUAAUUUGGUGAAAAGUGGUUGA